AAUAAAUUCACCACUACACAAACACUUCACACACCAAAACCCUAGCAAGAGUCUUUAACUUUAUCCAUGGCCAGCACCGAAUUCAGGUUGGUUUCACCAGCAAUUGACAAGGAAGGGAACAGAAAACUACCCAGAUACUGCACCCAAGAAGGUCUUGGCUCAAAGUGGAACAUUUCUCCCCCACUGGAGUGGCACAACGUGCCUCCCAAAACCAAGAGCAUGGCCCUUGUGGUGCAGGACAUUGAUGCGGUGGAUCCGACGGGUCACCCGGUGGCUCCCGCCCACUGGGUGGUGGUGAACAUUCCGGUGAGCGUUAAAGGACUUCCUGAAGGGUUCUCUGGGAAGAAGGAGGAACUGGGUGGAGAGUAUGAGAACAUUGAAGAAGGGGUUAACGAUUGGAACGUACGUGUUUGGCGAGGUCCCAAAGUUCCUAACUAUGAGGAUAGGUUUGAGUUCAGACUCUAUGCCCUCGAUGAUCACAUGCACUUCGAUAAUCAGGUGAUUUUGCAGGUGACGAAGACGAAGCUUUUGGAUGCAAUAGCUGGGCAUGUAGUAGGAGAAGCAGUUUUUACGGCUACUUUCUAGCCGAUGCACUGAGAUCUUAAUUUGGUGAUAUCAAAAUUCAUCAAAAACAACGGUUACAUGUAUUGAUACAGCAUUUAUAUAUAAAUAAAUAUAUAAAUUAGCUAAAUAAAGUUUUUCUUUUCCUUUUUAUUA